AUGAAAUUUACAGGAUCUCCAAUCAAAUUAAAGGUGUCCCAGGGUCAACCCGUCAAACUAAAUUGCAGCCUCGAGGGAAUGGAAGAUCCCGAGAUGUUGUGGAUCAAGGACGGAGCAGUGGUGCAAAGCGUAGACCAGGUGUACAUUCCAGUAGAUGAAGAACACUGGAUCGGCUUCCUCAGCUUGAAAUCCGUCGAGCGGACAGAUUCUGGGAAGUACUGGUGCCAGGUUGAGAACGGGGGGAAGAAGGAAGAAUCACAGCAAGUGUGGCUCAUAGUGGAAGGUGUGCCCUACUUUACUGUGGAACCUGAGGAUGUGUCCGUGUCCCCUAAUGCCCCAUUUCAUAUGGCCUGUGCUGCUGUUGGUCCCCCUGAACCAGUGACAAUUGUCUGGUGGAUGGGAGACUCUAGAGUGGGGCUUCCAGACAUCUCCCCCUCCAUCUUAAAUGUGUCAGGUAUUAAUCAAAGCACAGUUUUCUCCUGCGAAGCUCACAACGUAAAGGGAUUGUCUUCAUCUCGGACAGCCACUGUUCAAAUCAAAGCCAUGCCUCUCUCGCCUCUCAAUGUAACCGUAAGCCAAGUCACCAGCAGCAACGCCAGCGUGGUCUGGGUGCCAGGAUUUGAUGGCCGUGCACCCCUCCAUUCUUGCACUCUUCAGGUAGCCGAGUCACCAGACGGCCAGGAGGUCUCCACUGAAGUCACCCCAGUGCCACCCUUUGCCUACGGCGUGCAAGGCCUGAAGCAUUCCACCAACUACAGCGUUCGCGUGCAGUGCAGCAACGAGAUGGGCAGCUCCCCUUUCACCGACAGGAUUUAUUUCCAGACCCUGGAGCUCGCUCCAAGCAGCACCCCACAAAAUAUCCAUGUUAUCCAAAGAGAUCCUGGUCUGAUUUUGGAGUGGGAAGGUGUGGCUCCAGAUGUGCUGAAAGAAAAUGUCCUGGGAUAUAGGCUGGAGUGGAUUCAGGAUAAUGUAACUCAGGGGGAGAUGAUCGUACAGGAUACAAAAGCUAACCUCACAACGUGGAAUCCUCUCAAAGACCUGAUCAUCAGGGUGUGUGUGCUGAACUCUGCAGGAUGCGGGCCCUGGAGUGACCUCUUCCUGCUUGAAGCCCAAGAGGUCAUGGGUGGCCAGAGACAACCUCCUUAUGGAACAUCCUGGGUUCCUGUGGCAUUGGGCAUUCUCACAGCUCUGGUCACAGCUGUUGCCCUGGCUCUUAUUCUCCUUCGAAAAAGAAGAAAGGAGACUCGGUUUGGCCAUGCCUUUGGCAGUGUGGUUGGCAGAGGUGAUCCAGCAGUCCAUUUCAGAGCCGCCAGGUCUUUUAACAGGGAGGGCCCAGAGCUCAUUGAAGCAACAUUGGAGAGCGUAGGGAUCAGUGAUGAGCUGAAGACAAAACUCAAAGAUGUCCUAAUCCAGGAACAGCAGUUCACCUUGGGAAGAAUGUUGGGCAAGGGGGAGUUUGGGUCAGUUCGAGAGGCACUACUGAAGCUAGAAGAUGGCUCUUUCCAGAAAGUGGCGGUGAAGAUGCUGAAAGCGGAUAUCUUCACCUCGACCGACAUUGAAGAGUUCCUGCGAGAGGCUGCAUGUAUGAAGGAGUUUGACCACCCACAUGUCACUAAGCUGAUUGGAGUCAGUCUACGGAGCCGUCCCAAGGGCCGACUCCCAAUUCCAAUGGUGAUCCUGCCCUUCAUGAAGCAUGGAGACCUUCAUGCUUUUCUGCUGAUGUCACGGAUUGGGGAAAACCCCUUUAACUUGCCUGUUCAGACACUCCUCAAGUUCAUGAUUGACAUUGCCAGUGGGAUGGAGUACUUGAGCUCAAAAAAUUUCAUACACAGGGACCUUGCAGCUCGGAACUGCAUGUUGGAUGAAAACAUGAACGUGAGUGUUGCAGACUUCGGGCUUUCUAAGAAAAUCUACAGUGGAGACUACUACCGUCAGGGCUGUGCUUCCAAGCUGCCUGUGAAGUGGCUUGCUCUGGAAAGUCUGGCGGAUAAUCUGUACACGACACACAGUGAUGUGUGGGCAUUUGGGGUGACCAUGUGGGAGAUUGUGACCCGAGGGCAAACCCCUUAUGCUGGCAUUGAGAAUGCAGAAAUCUACAACUACCUCAUCAGUGGGAACAGGCUGAAGCAGCCGCCGGAGUGCCUGGAAGAUGUGUGA